AUGGCUAGCACUGGCAUCCCCAAAACACAAACCGUCGCUCUUGUUCGAGACCUAGGCGGGACGGUUGAGUUCCAGACUGACUACCCCGUUCCCACGCCGGGAACAAAUGAAGUCCUAGCCAAAGUGCUAUAUACCGGAGUCUGCCAGAGCGACCUCCACACCAAAGCCGGUACAGCCGCCGGACCCGACGGCAAUCCGAUAACAAAAAUCAAGCUCCCGCACGUCGGCGGCCACGAAGGAAUCGGAGAGAUCGUCGCGCUAGGUCCAGACAUUACACACAGCCACGGGUUGAAAGUCGGCGGACUAGUGGGGAUCCGGUUUUCGAGUCGCAUCUGUCGGCGGUGCGAGUUUUGUCUUGCGGGUACGGAGCAGUACUGUGUUAAGAGUACCAACCAUCUCCACCAUGAGGAUGGCAGCUUUCAGCAGUAUAUUGCCCUCGAUGCGGACUAUUUAACAGUUCUCCCGGAUGAUGUGGACCCAAAGGUUAUGGGGCCGGUGCUUUGUGCGGGACUGACAGCUUAUAAGGCGGUUUUGAAUACCAAUAUCCGUCCGGGGAACUGGUUGGUUGUUGUUGGUGCGGGAGGUGGUCUUGGACAUUUGGCAGUUCAAUACGCGAAGGCACAAGGCGCAUUGGUCAUCGGCGUGGACACCGGCCCCGGAAAACGAGACUUCGUCCUUGGCAUGGGCGCCCAGGAAUUCAUCGACUUUGCAACCGAGGACCCGAUCAAAAAAGUACACGCCAUCACAGGACUAGGCGCACACGCCGUAGUUGUGACGGCCGGCAAUGCAAAAGCCUUUGCACACGCAUGUGAGAUGCUGCGGGUCGGAGGAACAUUGAGUUGCGUGGGUAUUCCCCCCGGAAGCCCAUGCCUCGAGACGCCUAUCUGCACGAUCGUCAUCAAGGGCCUGAGGAUCACCGGGAAUCUUGUUGGUUCGUUGAAGGAAUGCAUGGAGGCAGUGGACUUGGUGCGUCGGGGUGUGGUCAAGCCGGUUAUCAAAGUCCGGCCAUUUAAGGAUUUACCCAAGGUUUAUGAAGAGAUGGAGAAGGGUGAUAUUGCUGGUAGGAUUGUGCUCCAGGUUGCAGAGUGA